AUGAAGAAUCAGCAUGUGUCUGACAUGCUGUCUUCGUUCUAUCCGAUGAUGAUCCGGCUGGUCUUCAAUAUCUCGGAGCUGGAGGCCAGAUAUCGAAAGUUCGGCGAGAUGCGUGCGCCGUGGAGGGACAAAGUCGGGGCCCUCGAAGCCGACAAAGUCUCCCGACUCAAGGGGGCUUUGGCGUCGUCAGAGUCGGAGCUCCAGUCGGCUAAGGACGAUGCAAGGAAGAAGUCCCGGACCAUCCGUCGGCUCCGACACGAGCGAGACGGCAUCGCCAAGGAGCUGGAGGCAGACCGCGAGCAACUCCGAGUGAGUCUCGGAAAUCUCGCCAAGGCCGAAGAAGGCUUGUCCGUCGCUCAGGCCGAUGCGGACAUCGCGAAGGGCGAGGCCGAGUCGGCGAAGGAGGCUCUGAGUCGGGCCGUUGAAGUCUUUCGGGACUCGGAGGAGUACCGAGAAGAACUUCUAGAGAGCGGCUACCUCUUGUACCAAGUCAGGUACGAGGAUGCUCGGGAAGCCGUUCGAGGCUUGUACCCAGAACUGGAUCUUAGCAGCAUAGUUCUACCGGAGUCGGAGGCCCCAGCUGCGGAGGAGACGGCCGAACCAGCGUCGGAAGGUCUCUCCACCAGGGCGAAAGCCGAAGAGGACGCAGAGCCGGUUGCCGAAGAUCAGUCGGCCCCGACUGUAGAAGUCAGAGCUGAUCCGCCGACCAACUCCCAUCGUCAUCCAGUGGAGGAUGUUGACUCCGACGAUUAG